UGCAUUGCUGAGCAGCCAGUCGUGUUUUUCCCCCCUCUCUCUCUCUCUCUCUCUCUCUCUCUCAUCCUCUGACUCGCUCUCUGGCUGAGCGGACGGACUAGACCUCUCUCCUCUCUCCUCUCUCCUCUCUCCUCUCUCGCUCCUCUUCAACUCUCUCUCUCUCUAUAUUUCAUUGCUUCCUUUCUCCCGUGAUAUUAUUAUAUUUUAAACAUUCCCCCCCUCCCCCUCUGACCCCUCUGACCCCUACCCCCCCCCCCCCCCGGUGCCAGGAGCGUCGGUGGGGGUCCCCGUGUGCAUGUGUGUGUGAGUGUGUGUGGAGGUUUGGGCAUGGAGGCUGUGGCUCUGUAUACGUUUCGUGCCACGGAGGCUGAUGAGCUCAGCUUCACCAAGGGAGACCUGCUGAAGAUCACCAACAUGGAGGAUGAUCCUAACUGGUACACAGCUGAGCUCCACAACAGAAAAGGCUUCGUGCCCAAAAACUACAUCAACCUGCGGCCCCACGCCUGGUUCGCCGGUCGUGUUUCUCGCGGCGUGGCGGAGAGUCGCCUCCGGCAGCGAGAGUGCGGCGCCUUCCUGGUGCGAGAGAGCGAGAGCGCCCCCGGAGAGUUCUCCAUGUCCGUCAGCUACGGGGACCACGUCCAGCACUUCAAGCUGCUGCAGGACCGCUGCAGCCAGUACUACGUGUGGGACGAGCUCUUCUCCUCCCUCAACGAGCUGGUGGACUUCUACCACAGCAGCAGCAUCGCCAAGGAGAGGACCGUCUUCCUGAGGGACCCCGAGCACUUCGCCCGGCGCCCCCAUCAUGGCCACGCCCUCUUCGACUUCGCCCCCCAGCACCCGUCCCAGCUGCGCUUCCUGCGCGGCGACGUCAUCGAGCUCGUGGACUGCUCCGACUCGCUGCGCUGGCGGGGCCGUUGCCACGGCCACGUGGGCUACUUCCCCCCCGAGUACGUGCAGCCCAUCUACCACUGCCCCUGAGCGCCACUCAGGACACGCCGCCGCGGGGUUGGUCGAUGAGCCGCGUUGACCCCGCCCCCCCGGCGCCCCCCCCCACCCCCCUCACACUGCUCCCCUGCCGUGCACUCGCCCAUAAUCACUUCUUUUUUUUGUGGAGAACUGACAGAGCUGCACCUGCACUUGCUCGUGAUGUAACUGACUCCUCCCCCUUUUACCACUUUGCAACCUGUCAAUCACAAGCCUCGUCCAAUCAGCUGCUGCGGGCUCAUCCGUCGCUUCCAACUGCAUCACACAACUUGAAUCAUGUAAGAUAUGGACCUGAACACUGUGGGGAACUCACACACACACACACACAUUCCCAGGCAUACACACACACUUGAAAGUUGGGGGGGGGGGGAGAGGGGGGGUUGUGGAGGAUGCUUUCUCCACUGAAGAUGAGCGAGGAUUUUGCCGCCGCUUCCAAGAAGAGAUCCGUUGAGCUGAGCUGAGAGACACAGUGUGUGUGUGUGUGUGUGUGUGUGUGUGUGUGUGUGUGUGUGUGUGUGUGUGUGUGUGUGUGUGUGUGUGUGUGUGUGUGUGUGUGUGAAAUGUGGGUCUGAACACAUGUAAACCUGCAAACUUUAAGUAUGCCUCUUUGUGUGCUAAAGGAAAAAAGGGAACUGAAUGCAUGUGUGUGCGUGUGCAUGUGUGUGUGUGUGUGUGUGUGCGUGUCUGUGUGUGUGUGUGUGUGUGUGUGUGUUCUCUGGGGACCAGUAAAGGAGAUCGCUGUGUUCAAGUGACCAGUGAGAUGAACUUUGUUUUGAAAUGCAGCUUAAAAUGUAAAAUCCUCAAACUAAAUGUGUCAUUUGUUGGUUUUCAUGUAUUUAUUGUGUAACUUUAGAAUACUUAAAUAUUAAAAGUGAGAUAAAAACUUUGUAAAAGACGUUCCUGUUGCCACAAAUACUCGAAGAAAGACACGUUUGAUGUGGUUUAUGGUGAGAGCUUCACAUGACAAAUCAUUUGAAUAAAGGGAUUCAAUUACC